AUGUGCUGCCACCGCCGCAUAAUCUACGCGACCUGUGGCCACAGCAUCUUUUGUCCGAAGCCUCUCGUCGAAUGCCGGUUCGCAUCCAUAGACCCAGUCCUGGAUUAUUCCACCACCUGCGAGAUCGUAGCGCAUCCCUACAUAAGCUGGCGAGUCGACCAACUAUGCCCCUCUUGCCAACAGCGACGCGAGACUCUUCUGCGAGAGAUCGACAAGAGCAAUGUGGUGCGAUUCGACGAGUGGCAGUGGAAGGUGAGCUACGGCCUGCCCGGCGGCGGCGGCAAGGAUUACUGGAGCAAGAAGGCGGAGAAGCGCGAGGACAAAUCGAAGGAGAAGAAGGAGGAGAAAAAGCGGAAGAGCACGAAGCGGUUCAGUUGGCGAAGGACGAAAGAUGGCAAGAGGAAGAGCGGGAAAGGUGACCAGACGCCGCGGAUCGAUGAAUAG